AUGGAGCCGUCCCGGUUCCACCGUAAAGCCUUGCUUAGCAGUUGGCCUAGCAAAACGGUCGCGUCUGCCCCGCCUCGGCGCCCUUCCCGCCCCCCGCCUGACACGCUCUCCGCCUGUACCGGCCGCGCCCGGGUUUUCCGCGGGGCAGCAGUCCUUGCUCUGGCCUGCGGUGCGUUGUCUGUCAGGUCUGCCAUCUUCAACUUUCAGAGUCUACUGACUGUAAUCUUGCUGCUCAUAUGUACCUGUGCCUAUAUCAGAUCCUUGGCUCCCAGCUUACUGGACAAAAAUAAAACUGGACUAUUGGGAAUAUUCUGGAAAUGCGCCAGGAUUGGUGAACGGAAGAGCCCCUACGUGGCUGUGUGCUGUGUUGUGAUGGCCUUCAGCAUUCUGUUUGUACAGUAGCAACAGGAGAGUGUCCCCUACACCCUGCUACCAAACAGCCAAGCAUGGAAGAACUUCUGGCAGGAAAAGAUGGGAAAGUGUCAUCAAGUCUCCUCUCGCAUGUUGGAUAGCCUGUCUCUUAGUGGACACCCCCCCUCCUGCAAACAGACCAUCAUGUACAGUAUUAGUGAUCAUAAUGUAACUAACUCCAGAUGACAUAUACUUACUAAUGUCAAGUCAGUACUGACACUUCUGAUGUAACUCUUGAAAGGGUGUCUGUUGUAUAUCUGAGUUUCAGGGGAGUUUUUUUUUACACCAUGCAGUUGAAAAGGCUUUUAAAUUUUUGUUUGAUAGACCUAUUUAAUAAAGCUUAAAAAUGAUAAAUCUAGCAAUAGCAAUAAGACCUCUCUUACAAGAAUAAAGAACAUUGUGACUCUAGGAUAUGUUUACGAAAGUAUUUUCAGUUCUUACUGUCUGAACAAUUCCUGUAAUUUUGUGAUAGCUAUACUCGCAUGCUAAAAACAUGACCUCUGGCCUAAGUUACAUUCAGCUUUUGUUUUCUAAACUUGUAAUUCCUCAAAUUCCAUCAAUAUUUUUAUUGUUAAGAUACGAAUAAAGGCAGGGACCAUAAUUGUAGUGAUGUCUGGCUAGCUGCUGAGAAGGCACAGAUGUGGGAUUUGAGAACCUGGACUACUCUGAGUAAAAGAUCAUAGGUAUUCAUUUUUAGAGAUGUUGGUCUCGGGUAAAUCAUUCCCGAACUUUUUUCAAUAUUGUGAAAAAAGAUUCUAACGGCUCUGCUGCUGUUGUUGCAUGUAAUACAAGGUUGCUAAAUCAGCUAAGUGAACAGUUAGCUUCUUAGGAGUCUGCAGAUAAGGAAGUUGCAUGUCCCAAUAUUCUAAAGGUUAAGGAAAACAACUAAAUUAGAUUACCCUCACUCUUAAUAAAGAUUAGAUUACCUUUAUUAAUACUUGCCACUAGCAUUUAUUCUAUAAUUUUGCAAACUUUAAAUAAUCUAGUAACUUAUUUUAAUAGUGUCUGACAGGUGUGUUUACAUCAAUAGGACUUCAUAUUGACUGCAUUUGUGAGAGUUGUCUGUCAGCAGUAUUUUUUGUUGUUCUGAAAAGGUGUGUGAUCAGAAUGAGCUAAGCUGGCAAUAAAACACACUGAAAGGUA